CCAUACUUCCUCGAGAGUGCUUGCACCCUGUGGGCGAUGCCCGGCCUGGCUGCUGAGCUUUCUGGAGGAGCAACACGGAAGGAGGGCUGUCAGUAAGCAUGGCCUACAGUAUACCAGAAGCCUUCCUUGACUGCUCUGGGGAAAGACAUAGAGAGGUACCCUCUUCUCACUGCGGCUGGUCUCUAGAAGGAUGAAAGAGUUGAAGGCUUGGGCAGGAAGAUGGCCACUUUUUACCAGUGCAUCCGGGCUGACUCCAGGGAACUGGAAAUGAGCUCUACAAGAAUAAUGGAUAUUAAGAUGCGGGAAGCUGCAGAGGGGCUUGGUGAAGAUAGCUCAGGAAAGAAGAAGUCCAAGUUCAAAACUUUAAAAAAAUUCUUUGGGGGGAAGAAGAAGAGAAAAGAGACCUCAACAUCUGCAGGUAGCAGCAGCUGGAAGCCGAGCCAAUCAGAGAGUGAUGUCAUUGCUCCAGCAUCUCUGCCCGUUGGCUACGACUCAGAGGAUGAACUUGAGGAUCACAAGGGUACCUUGGGGAGCCGAGCCCUUUCACACGACAGCAUUUUCAUUCCCGAGACAGGUCAAGACCCCCCCAGGCCAGCUCGGGUGUUUUCUCAGGAAAAUGUUUCUGAGAGGAUCAGAGCUUUACAGAUGAAAAUUCAGUAUAAUGUGAAGCUGGGACCCCCUCCUCCGUGUGGGAUUCCCACAAAACGGGGAGAUGAUGCCGGCAUGAGUUCUGAAGAUGAUGGGUUACCCAGGAGUCCUCCAGAAAUAUCUUUAUUACAUGAUAUAAAUGCCAGCACAGCAACAAAGUUCUCUGACCCUCACAAGCAUCUUAGCUCUUUGAGUUUAGCUGGAACAGGCAGUGAAGAAGAAGAACAGGUCACUUUAGGUUCUUCUUCCAGACCCCUUUCUCCAGACCAGCUAUUCUCUAGACAUGCCAGCGAUACCAUGACGUCUCCACGGACAUCAGACAGUAGUCUCUCACCUCUAGCAGAUUUCGAUUAUCCUCCUGAGUUCUCUUCCUGCCUUGAUAACUCUGCGGCAAAGCACAAACUCCUAGUUAAACCUCGAAACCAGCGGUCCAGCAAAAUGAGAAGGUUGUGUUCGCGUGCACAGUCAGAGUCUCUAAGUGAUCUGACUUGUACCCCAGAGGAAGAGGAAGAGGAUGGGAAACAAAUGAUCAGCAACAACAAAGAUGAGAAUUCCAGUCACAGCCAGGAGGAAAUGAUGGACAAGGAGACUGUAGCAAGUAGCCCGGAGAUUUUGAGACCAGAGAUGCCUGAGGAGCCUUCCCAGAGCCAGGAGGAGCACCAAGAUGAAAAGCCUGGGAUACUCCAGUUUCCUGAUGUAUUUGCCAGUGCAGGGGAGUUGUCAUCCCUAGUAAAUAACCCUGAGACUACAGUGGAAGUCAGUGGCUCAGAGUCAGACCAUUUGCUUUCUUUAGAUCCCCCUUCUCUUCCUGAAAACUCCUCACCUCCUGCUCUAGAUGAAGAAGAAAGCAAAAAAGCAUCUCUCUCAGCACCGUCUUCUCCUACACGGAGCACGUGUGAGGAGUUGGUUUGUUCACUUAGUGAAGUUCAGAAUCAGUCUUCCGACAGCCCUCUAGAUAUGCCCUCUCCAAAGGCUGUUUCCAGCACUACUACAAUUUCAUCCAGUUUAGAUUGUUCAGAAGAAAAUGUACAGGAAUCAAAAGACAGCCUGGAAGUGGCUGAUGAUGGGCAAUCAGUGAAAGAAUCCACAGUGACUGACCUGGGCACCCAGUUACCGAAGAGUUGUUUGAAAAACAAAAACUCUUCAGUUCCCUCAAGUCCCAGUGUUUCUCCCAUUCCUCCAGGUUCUGUGUCACCACAGGUAGGACCUGCCCCCUGGCCCCUGGAGAAAAAGACCACCCCUGAAGAGGUUCUCAAGUCUAAGCAGCAAGGCUGUCCUCCCACAACUCCCAGGGGGGCGCUAUCAGAAGGUAAACUGGAAAGGACAGCCAGCGAAGUGAGGAGCUCAAGAAAGUUCUCUGUGUCUUCCUCCCGGGAGAGACCAAAGGCUAGCAGCCUCUGUCUGAAAGAAUAUUCAGGCAGCGAAACUCCAUCAAACACAAAAUUGUCCUUGCUGAAGAUGAACCUGGCCUCAAGAAAUGAGGUGACCAGGGAUAAUCUUCAGAUGGACGCUGAACACCAGGAAGGGAAAUUGGGCAUUCUAAAACCGGCACUCCCAAUGGAGAGUGACUCUCAGAACUCUGUAGGCAGAGAGGGUGACCACACUGGGCUGAGCUGUACGUCCCCGGCUUCUAAUGCCGUACCACCAAAGGCAGAUCCCUGUCCACAGUUACCGAGUCAGCCUGUCACUGAAGACAAAAACCCCUUUCAAGUCAAACUCCGGUCCACCUCACUGUCUUUCAAAUAUAGAGAUGGGUCUUUCCCAGAAUCAAAAGGCAUGAAGCGAUACAGUGCGGAGAUCAGGAUGGAGAAAGGAGGGUUGACAUUGCUUUCAAAAGAUGAAAAAACUCAAAUCAAAAGACUCUCAGAUAUAAGUGCGACUAGUCCUUUAAAUGAUAAGGUGAAGGGUAAAGCCAAGUCCUCUGAGCAGCUUAAUCACAAGCCUCCAUUACCCAAGAAACCUGUUUUGCAAACUGUAACUACUCCCCACUCACACACACUCCCUCCUGGAAACCUUGAAAAACUGGACAAAGUAAUCAAGUAUCCAGAAUCCAGAGAUGAAACUAAGGCCUUGGAGAAAAAGUUGCCUCUUCACAAAGUAGCUGAGAAAAACAUGCCAUCCCCAGCAUCGGCCACUGGAGCCUCAGAGGGCCACUCACUGCCGCCCUGGAUUACUCUAGCCAGGCAGAAGCGUAGGGGCUCCCGAGAACAACAGCAGAUGAGCAAGGAGGAAAAGCCUGAAACACCAGCCCCAAAGUCAGACACAGAAAGGCCGAGUGGAGACCUGGACAGAAAAGAGGAGCGCAUUAAGCAACAAGCUGACUUUGUCCGUAGCAAAUCUUUCCUGGUGCAGCCAGCUAAAACUGCUAAAGAACAGAAGCCAAGAGCAAAGCUGCACCUCAAAGAAGGACUUCAUCGAGGCAUUUCACUUUCCCAUCAGAACCUGGCUCAGUCUCAGGUGAUGACUGAGAAAGAACUCAACCAGCUAAAGAGGGCCAGUUAUUCCAGUGCAGAUCAGCCAUCCUGGAUGGAACUUGCCAAAAAGAAGUCUCAAGCCUGGAGUGACAUGCCCCAGAUUAUAAAAUAGGGUGAUUCAUAGCUGAUUUUAAAAAAAAUCACUGCUUUGACAAGUUAAUAACCCACUUAAUGAAACUGCUAGUUAGUCAUGGCACAGGAUCUAUGAAACUUGAGAGUGAUUUUAUCAUCAAGUUAUGAGUGGGGGAAAUGUGCAGUAAAAGGGAGGUCAAAGAAACGACUCUAAUCUUGGGCCAGAGUUUACCAAAAACUUUGAAGUGAUAAAUGCUUGGAAUAGCACACCUGGGAAGUCAUCCAGAUACUAUUUCUUAUGGGCCAGUAGGAACAAAUGUGGAUUUUUUUCCCUUAAAUUCCUUUUGUAAUAGAGAUGCUGAUGCUUGAGGGGAGGGCAGCCUGUCUCAAGUGAAAUGUAGGCUAGGAAAUUAGACUUUUUGCAAGGCUGGAAUAGAAAUAGUUUCAUGAAUAUCAUGAAUAUAUCCUUCCAUCUGAGGACAAGCCAUUGCCUUUGGAUACGCCCUGAUCCAUGGGUCACAUCUUCUCUACUCGUGUUUAUGACCAAGACUGACAUUGACUUUGGAACUAAGAGUGUUCUUUUCAAAAGCAAAGGAUGUGAAUUAAUUUAUUUUCAUGAAGA